AUGGAGCCCGGCGACUAUGCCACCUUGGACGGGGCCAAGGACCUGGAAGGCUUGUCGGUCGUGGGAGGGGGUCGAAAUCUCGUGGCCCCCUCGCCGCUGGCCAGCCACCCGGCCGCGGCGCCUCCGCUGAUGCCCGCUGCCAGCUACGCGCCGCUGGAUCUGCCGGGCUCCACGGAACCGCCGAAGCAGUGCCACCCUUGCCCCGGGGUGCCCCAGGGGGCGGCCCCGGCUCCGGUGCCUUAUGGCUACUUUGGAGGCGGGUACUACUCCUGCCGGGUGGCCCGGAGCUCGCUAAAACCCUGUGCCCAGGCGGCCACCCUAGCUGCCUACCCCGCGGAGACGGCCACGGCCGGGGAGGAGUACCCCAGCCGACCCACCGAGUUUGCCUUCUAUCCUGGGUACCCGGGACCCUACCAGCCAAUGGCCAGUUACCUGGAUGUGUCGGUGGUGCAGACUCUGGGAGCCCCCGGGGAGCCUCGCCACGACUCCCUGCUGCCUGUGGACAGUUACCAGCCCUGGGCCCUCACCGGUGGCUGGAACGGCCAGAUGUGUUGCCAGGGGGAGCAGAACCCACCCAGUGCCUUCUGGAAGGCAGCAUUUGCAGAGUCAGGCACACAGCACCCUCCUGAUGGUUGUGCCUUCAGACGUGGCCGUAAGAAGCGCAUUCCUUACAGCAAAGGGCAGUUGCGGGAGCUGGAGCGCGAGUAUUCAGCUAAUAAGUUCAUCACCAAGGACAAGAGGCGCAAGAUCUCUGCGGCCACCAGCCUCUCAGAGCGCCAGAUCACCAUCUGGUUUCAGAACCGCAGGGUUAAGGAGAAGAAAGUCCUUGCCAAGGUCAAGACCAGCACUACUCUGUGAGGGAGAUCCCUGGCUGGGAGAGUGGGGGAGAAAUAGAAGUAUCCUAGGGAGACCAGGAGCCUGCCAGCGCCAGGCUGGA